AUGAUUCGAGAUGUAUCAACGUCCACAAUUGGUCGUGAGGACCGAAAACCUGCAAUGGAUGCGUACAUGUUCCAGAGGCGAGUGCUUCUGGUAUGCAGCUUUAUGAUGAUUCUGUCACUCAUUGUUUGGAUUAUUGCCAUCUCGACCGACCGUUGGAUUAUAAUAUCUGGAAAUGGAGGAAUUUACAUUCCUGAGACACGUCGAUUUUUCAUGUACUCACAUUCUGGAUUAUGGCGCCACUGUCGAAUCACUCAACUGCCAAAUGCCCUCAAAAACGCAACAGUCGCACGGAAUUUCACCUCGAUUGCCUACCAAAGUCCAGCAAGUGUAAACGAUGCCAAAUUCAAUAUUACAGAUGUAGAAUUUGUGAAAUCAUUUUUGACACAUGAAGUGACAUUUCCACUGCAAAAUUUCACCGACGCAGCUAAGGAACGAAUGUUUGCCCAUUGGAUUCGAAAUGAACAGGAAUUGUUUCAGGAGUUUAAGAAAGCUUUUUGGAGUUUAGAAUUGGCAAAUGAAAAAAUUGCCUUGACUCCGAUUGACUCGAAGCCAAUUCAAGUUAAUCCGUUAGAUGUCCCGGGUUUGGAAGCACAAAAAGUGUUUGGCCAAGCAUUGCAACAAGUUGUUGUAGAUAAUUUGACAUAUUUCUUUGUGAUUCCGAUACCAGCUCAAAGAGCUAUGUUUAAUGGAUGGAAUGAAAAACGGCUGGUGCCGAAACUAUAUUGGCCCUAUGUUCGAGAUUUGGAUAUCCCCGCUUAUGUGAUGAAUGAACAUAGAGUUAUUUUGCAAUUGAUCCCACCGAAGCCUCCGAAGAAGGGAGGAAUUAAAAAUGGUUAUGACUACAUUUACACCUCUCGAUGCAAGUACAUUGAGAUGUUUCCAUCAGCAAGUUCACUUAAAAUGGAUCCAGGAUUUGAUGAUGAACUUAUGGAUUAUAUUCGAACUCAGGCGUCCUUUGCUUGCAUCACAGUUUUUGUUAUGUGCUUGGGAACCGUUUUUACUUUUUACACCUUUAUGAACCCUCGCUACAUGUUCAAGCGUUUAGCUGGAGGUAUUCACCUGGUAUCUGCUUCCACCUGCUUAGUUGUUAUCCAAGUUUUAAUGUCCUCGGUCGAAUACACGAAGGAGCAUCUAUUUUAUGCAUAUCCUGAUGGGGCAGAGUUAACAUAUGGUUAUGGAGUUUGGUUUGCUUGGUUUACAUUUAUAACAAACGUGGUUUGUGGCUUAUUAUUUAUGUGGUACUCGGGCAAGAAAAAGGGCAGUAAGGCACCCACCGAUGAACUUGCUAUGGCCGAUGAAGCUACAAUUAUGGGAAGAUGAAAAGUCUCAUUAGGUUUUUCUAUUGUUUUUGUUAAAAAAAAAAUUUCGAGAAUUCUUCGACUGCCAUGGCAUUUUUUGUAAAUAGAGCUCAUCUUCUUUGUCGAGUAUACGAGGUGUUAUUUGUUAUUUAU